UUAUUUAUGAAAAAAAUUAUUGGUAUGACAAGAAUUAGAAAAUGGUAAUUGUCAUAUAGAUCUAUCUAAUUAAAAAAAUAUUAUGAAAAGCAUUUAAAAAAAAAUCCUUAUAAAAGGCAUUCUAGGGCUGUCUAGGACUAGCUCACACUGCUCAUUCCCUCCUCUUCAAAACCGAAAAAGGUUCAAUUUUUCCGACAUUUCUCCCUUUCUAGGGUGUGGGUUUUUCAGAUUUUACUCUUAUCUGAUUAGGGCUUGAGUAAAAAGGAAGAAAAAUGGGGUUCUCAAUGCAACCGUACGGCAUACAAUCGAUGCUGAAGGAAGGUCACAAGCAUCUCUCAGGUCUCGACGAAGCUGUUCUCAAAAAUAUCGAUGCUUGCAAGCAACUCUCCACCAUCACCCGCACUUCCCUCGGCCCCGACGGUAUGAAUAAGAUGGUUAUUAAUCAUUUAGACAAGCUCUUUGUUACCAAUGAUGCUGCUACUAUUGUCAAUGAGCUCGAGGUUCAGCAUCCGGCGGCCAAGAUUUUAGUUCUAGCGGGUAAAGCUCAGCAAGAGGAAAUUGGUGAUGGGGCUAAUUUGACAAUUUCCUUUGCCGGAGAGCUUCUCCAAAAUGCAGAGGAGCUUAUUCGAACCGGCUUGCAUCCGAGUGAGAUCAUCAGUGGAUAUACUAAAGCAAUUAUCAAGGGGAUUGAGAUUUUGGAGGAACUUGUGGAGAAAGGUUCUGAAAAUAUGGAUGUUCGCAAUAAAAAGCAAGUUGUUACUCGAAUGAAAGCUGCCGUUGCUAGCAAACAACACGGACAGGAAGAUAUAUUGUGUUCUCUUAUAGCUGAUGCAUGCAUCCAAGUCUGCCCCAAGAACCCCGCAAACUUUGAUGUUGAUAAUGUCCGUGUGUCAAAGCUUGUUGGAGGAGGUUUGCAUAAUUGUACAGUAGUUCGGGGGAUGGUUUUAAAAGGUGAUGCUGUGGGAAGUAUAAAACGUAUGGAGAAGGCAAAGGUGGCUGUGUUUGCCAGUGGUGUUGAUACAUCAGCUACUGAAACAAAAGGAACUGUAUUAAUUCACUCUGCUGAGCAGCUAGAGAACUAUGCAAAAACUGAAGAAGCUAAGGUUGAGGAGCUCAUCAAAGCAGUUGCUGAUUCUGGUGCCAAAAUUAUUGUCAGUGGAGGAGCAGUUGGUGAAAUGGCAUUGCAUUUCUGUGAACGUUACAAGUUAAUGGUCUUGAAAAUCAGCUCAAAGUUUGAACUGCGACGCUUUUGUCGUACAACAGGCACUGCUGCUCUUUUGAAACUCAGCCAGCCAAAGGCAGAUGAUUUGGGAUUUGUUGAUUCAGUUUCAGUUGAGGAAAUUGGUGGUUGUCGGGUCACUGUUGUGAGAAGUGAAGAAGGUGGUAACAGAGUUGCCACUGUGGUUCUGCGUGGAAGUACUGAUAGUAUAUUGGAUGAUCUCGAAAGAGCUAUUGAUGAUGGAGUGAAUACAUAUAAGGCAAUGUGCAGGGACAGUCGUAUGGUACCUGGAGCUGCAGCUACUGAAAUUGAGUUGGCAAGAAGAUUGAAAGAAUUCUCCUUUAAGGAAACAGGAUUGGAUCAGUAUGCCAUUGCUAAGUUUGCUGAAAGUUUUGAAAUGGUACCAAGAACCCUGGCAGAGAAUGCUGGACUCAAUCCAAUGGAUAUCAUAUCUAAGCUGUAUGAAAAGCAUGCAUCUGGAAAUACCAAAGUGGGCAUCGACUUGGGGGGAGGUGACUCUGAGGAUGGUGUUUGCAAGGAUGUGUCAACCAUGAAUAUUUGGGACCUUCAUGUCACUAAGUAUUUUGCUCUCAAAUAUGCUGCAGACGCUGCCUGCACUGUGCUACGGGUAGAUCAGAUUAUCAUGGCAAAACCAGCCGGAGGUCCAGCAAGGAGAGAUCAGCCUGCAGGUAUGGAUGAGGACUAAGUCUUGUGUAGCAUGAUCGAUUACCUUUCUCUUGUAUCUCACCCUUCCGGUGUCCGAACUUUGUUUUAGGAAUCUUUGCUCUCUUUUGAGAUGUAGCUUAAAAAAAAAUUUUUUUUGCUUGUGCUUUUAGAAUUUUAUGGUGGUUUGUGGUGAUCUGUUUUUAGCGUAUCAGUUACGUAAUUUUUCGACAGUAAGGUAGCAUUUGAUGAGUCCUAAAAAUCAAAAUGAUAUGCAUUCGAUAUACAUACAGAAAAGCCAAAUGUUAUGAGGCUGAAAUGCUCUAUUUAUGUUCAAUUUUUUUAGUA